AUGAGGUAUGCGGCUGAGACGGCAAUCUACUCUGAAGGGCCCCCGCAUACCCUUGCAGCACAGAGGGGGCCCCCCUUGAUGGGGGCCCCCUGGGGGCCCUUUUUGCUGUCCCUUUGGGGCCCCUCCUGGGGGCCCCCCUUACAAUUCCAGUUGGGGGCCCCCGGGGCCCCCUGGACCCUGAGCUGUCUCUUCCCCUCACAGUUGUUUGCUGCCGUUGCGCUGCAGCAGCGAGCAGAGGCCGUUGCUGCUCUGAUAUAUUGCUUUGGCUCAAGGACAAGGGAGGGUCUCCCUGCAGCAACGGCAGCAGCAGUAGAAGCAGCAGAAGCAGCAGCUGCUGCUGCUGCUGGCGGUGUUGCUGGUGCUGUUGCUGCUAGGGUUGUAAGAGAAUACCCCUCACCCCCUGCGUGCAGGUCGCGAGAGCCAGAGGCCCCUGAGGUACAGCAGCAGCAGCAGCAGCAGCUGCUGCUGCUGCUGCUGCUCCACUUUAUCUCUAAGCCAGGGGCCCUUUGCUUGGUGCAGGCAGCAGCUGAAAGGGAGCAGCAAGGGCGCUGGGGAUCGUCUCCUCCCCGAUCGACUCCCACUGUCACUGUUUGCAUGCAGUGGGCUGUGGGGCCCCUGGAGGCCCUCAUCCUUUCUAAGGCCUCACGCCUCAGAGAAUUUCUUGCCUUCAUCGGCAGAAGACUGCAGCGCGCCAGAAGGGCAGCAGAGAGUCGCCUGCAGCAGCAGCAGCAGCAGCAGCAGCAUCAUCAGCAGCAGCAACAGCAGCAGAGGAUGCACAGCAGUUGUGCUGCUCUCGAGGCAGUGCUCGCAACCCUAGACUACUUGGGAGACCUUCAACAGCAGCAGCAACAGCAGCAGCGGCAGCAGCAGCAACAGCAACAGCGGCAGCAGCAGCAUCAGCAGGAACAGGAAUGGGUGCAGCAUCAGCAGCAACUUCAGCAGCAGCAGCACAGCGGCAGCAGCACAUCGAGAGAACAUCUGCUGCAAUGGCAGCUGGGGCAGCUUCAGCAGCAGCAGGAGCAACAGCAGCAGCGGUUGGAGCCUCAGCAGCAACACUCCGAUGUUGCUGCUGCAGCGGCAGGAGCAAUACGAACUGGAGUAGUAGCAGCAGCAGCAGCAGAGGAGCAGCAGCAAGAGAGGAAGCAGCAGCAGCAGCAGCAGCAGCAGCAUAAAGAGUUAAAGAGUACAUCUGCCGGCCUGCGUGUCUUUGGUGGGGGGGCCUCUCGUUGUGUUUGUGCUUGGCUAGCUGGGGUGUAUGUCCAGCUAGCCAUCCACGUGUGCCCUCUGUAG